UUAAAACAUUAAAAUGAAUAUACGCAAAGAAAAAGCUAAUGAAAAAGCUUCAAUUCGUUGCAUAAGAGGGGGAUCGGGGAUACUUUUAAUGAUCCAAAUAAAGAAUUUGCACUGUCAAUCAUGAACCCUACAACAGUGUAUGGUUUACACAAUCCAUUAGAUCCUGAUACAAUUGACUUUAGUAUUAAGGAAGACAAUGAACAAGAGAAAAUUAUAAUUCAAUAUGAAGAAGAAAAUAAAAAAGAUGAAAGUGAAGUUAAGGGAGCAAAGAAAAGGGCCCCUUAUGUAUACGCCGUUCAAAUGUCAUUUUUAGAAGAUACAAUACAGCACCGUGCUACGGAUAGUUCAAUGAAUGAUGACCAAGUGGAACAUUCUCAGGCAUUAGAUAAAGAGUUUGAAAUGAAUGAAGGAGCUCAAACAUCAAACGCAUUAAAUGAAAACAACAUAACAGGACAAGCUCUCCAACAGUCUCAUGCAACUACAAGUUCUAACCUCUCAGUUAACUUGACAGAAAAAGUUGUAAUAGGUAAAAAAAGAAAAAUACCACUAAUCGAAGCAAAGUUAAUCGAAGCUUUGGAUGCCAACGCAAAGCGCCGCGAAACAAAAGAAAAUGAAAAUGACGAUGAUCGGUUAUUUUUACUGUCACUACUACCACAGUUAAAACAACUUCCACCACAUUUAAAAUUAAGUGCCAGAUUAAGUAUUUUACAAGCUCUUAAUAAAUUCGUAUUGGAAAUCCCUUAUCUUUGCUAUCUUUAUCAUCAACCAGCUCCAUUCCACUAUCGAGCUCCGAGCACCGAGCAUCGAGCACCACCGGAUCCACUUCAUCAGCAACCACUGGUAUACUUGCAACAUUCUCAGCAUCAGACCUAUCUUCAAGCAACGGAGAAAACACCAGAAUAUCAACAGAUGCAAUCGAACACAGCCACAACUGAAAUCUUACCCAAUGAAACAACCUCGCCACUUCAGUCUCCUUCAGAAUCUAUAUAUUCUUACUAUAGUAUAACAAAUGAUUUAAAUAGUUCUGGUUUUACUACGUCUGUAAAUGCAAUCCAAAACAAAUGGAAAAGUCUUAUGCGUAGCUACACAAAAUGCAAGGAUAACAGAAAUCGUACUGGUCAAGGUCCCUCCCGUUUUUUAUUUUAUGAAAGAAUAUACGAUUUUGUUGGUGAUAAACCACAAAAUGAGUGUAGCCACUCAAUAAACAGUUUGGAAGAUAGCGAAUCAGAUGUUACAGUAGAAAAUAUUGAGGACGAAGAAAACAUACAACCAGAAAGUAUAAAUAAAAAUACAGAGCCAGGCAUCACUGAAAAUGCAGAUGGGAAUAUGCAAGAAAAACAUACAAAUUCACAGGGCCAUCAUAAGAAGAGACUGAGUGAAAAACAAAUCAAAAAAGAAUAUUUUAAAAUAAAGAAAGAGGAAUACAAAAAAAAGGCAAAUUAG